AUGGAUCUAGCUUCCACUCCCAACCAAGUCAACCUCCCCGAGGGAUGCCCAGAGAUUCCGGAUCGGGUUGCCGUCGAUAACCUAGUCGCCAUUGUCACUAUCCAUGACCCAGAAGCUUUUAUAGCAAAUCGGGACACUCGGUAUCGGAAGCUACGAGUGAAGGGUACGAAUCCAGCUACUGGUCGAUACGAUGUCCUAGGAUGCCAUGUGUACCUCCAUCGUGUGAGAGGGCAACCAACAUAUCAAUUCGGACGGUCAAGGCCGGUCAGGCGAACCAUUUCGGCAGCAAGAACACGAGCAGAUCCCGUUUUGGACGUAUACCUGCCGAAGAGCCGAGUGGCAAUGAACCAGUUCACGCUGCUUCCUGUGGGCGAGUCCGACUGCUGGAGAGUGCAAUCUGUCACGGAGACCGUCACCAACGUGAACGGGGUUCUGCUCCAGAACGCCACCUCACGAACCAAGAAGCAGAAGAAUCCGCUCCCACAUGCGAUACACCUUGAUCAAGGCCGGGUUAACCACGUUGACAUCCAUGGCUUGAGGGUCGAUAUCUGGCUGAUCAUGCCAGCUUCGGAUCUUCUCAAGUCGGAGCCUAACUUCCGACCUCCAGUGCUCUUUCCCGCGCUGCAGCAUGUCGAGCAGCGAUCAGAAGCCUGGGCACAGUCUCGGUAUAUCCUUGGCGCAGAGACGCAUCGGGUGGCGGUACCUGAGACGCUCAACUCGUAUCGGGUUCUUCAGCGGUUCGUGGGGAAAUGGGAAACUGCAAAACUCUAUCGAGACGCUCAUCACCGAGCUCGCCGCGAUCAGGAGUUCCGGCUCUUUUGUAAGGAGAAGGUCGACGAAUCAAUCGUGCAGUACAAGUUGUCGGUCGAGCUAGAUGGUAUCCCUGCGGUCAUUACGGCCUCGCACGAGAACAUGAUGUCGUAUGCACAGCUCCACGGAGAGUGGCUUGUCAGGCCCAUUCAUCCCGGCCGCCGCUUCAAGCUUGCCACGGCCAUAAUACGCCCUCUGUUUUCGGCUCUGGAAUUCCUACACCACCAUCGGAUCAUCCAUGGUUCGGUAUCGUGGGAGAGCGUGCUCCUCCACUUCGCGGGCGAUGAGGUCGACAAGCUCCUUCUUGUGAACUACUCUAGCGCAUUCUCCGUGCCUGCAGAUCAGGCAAUGCCCAAAGACCACAUGAUCAACGAUGCACAACAGGCAAUGGAGCUCAUCGAAGACUGCUGCGGCAUCUGGGGCCUGCGCAAAGGCCCAACCCAGGAUGCUUCUAACGAGGCGGAAAUGCGGGAGAAGACAGAACGGGCCGAAAAGGAGCAUCAGAUGGUGCAGCGCGUCUGUGCAGACUUCUUCGAGAAUAAGGGCGGUGAUCGACAAUCCGAGAAAGGUCUGAACCUGCUGAAGCUGCUGGCGAAGAAAGAGAUGGAGUGGUCCCGCGCAAAGACCAACCAGGGCCAUAACGCGCAGCUACUUCAGAUCGCUUCGAUGACAUCGCCGAAGCUGCAAGUGCUCAUCGACAAGAUGCCGGCCGCUCUUCAGAACGAAUCUAGAAUUGGUAGAACGUCCUUUUUGGUCCCAUCUCUAGGUCACAAGUGGCUGGAUGAUCUGCCAAACCGGCUGUACCCCAAGUCGUGGGAUCUCACACCCCUCGACAUUUGCGCCAAACUGAGGGCCCUCGAAGGCCCGGUAAAAAAGCCCUGGCGAACGUUCAAGGUCACUCGGACGUUUACCUUUCACGUCUAUUCGUUCAUUUGGGGCGUGGGACCCCUAUACGUCAUGGUGGAUAAAGAAUCGCUGACCUCAUACCUCGUCGUCUGCUGCGAGCUCUAUCCAGAGUGGCGGAAGGUCAUAGAGGCGGAGUACGACGCCUAUAUUGCUCAUAAGUCCGAGGUUUCGACGGGCACUAUCAAUGCUUUCAGGGAAACUUUGCUGGAGGCCGGUCGUCUUCCAACGCCCAUGAUGGACACACUAGAGAAACUGGCGACAAUUCGGGUACCCAACCGACCGCGGGUAUAUACGAUCGCUGAGGAGCACGAUGUUUGGUAUCACGCACCAUCGGAUAUGUUCAACGCGACUCAGCUGCAGCGGCAUGCCUCACCAGCGAGCUUCCGAGACGGCGUCAGCAACAAUGAUGCUCGUUGCGACAAUUUUGCAGAAGUUCGAGGGGAGCCGAGGAUCCAGGGAUGCUAUGUUCCACUCUUACUGCUCCCAGCCUUCGCAAAUGCACUGGGCAUCAAUGUGAAAGACGUACCGAACAAUGAGCGUGCCUUCCCGACUCUGGACCCGUCGGACUUCAGCCAGGUGCCACAUCAAGGCCGUAUCGUCCUGGCUCGGAUAGGUCUAGCCGCCUUUGCAACAGUGACCCGAACCGGCGACCAGUUCAGCCACUUGCCAGAGGGUCCGUUGGACAUCCACUCUGCAAAUCCCUUCCUGCCGACCUACUUUGGCGACAUGAAGGUUUUGCCGCGGCUGCCGAACGACACGUUCCACCACCCGCCGCCGGCGCACUGGUCGAAGUUCAAGACGGCUGAGGAGAUUGAGCAGGAGGCGAAGUUGAGCUCGAGGUGGAUCUUGAUUCCUGUCGGUCCCUCUUCUAAGGUUCGUCCUCGAACACCGCCCGAAACAUCUGAUCAGCCAUCCAGGGUGGUAAGACUGAGCCUUCCUAGGGAGCGACUGGUCGAGCUCGUGCAAGCUCCAGCACCAGCAUCAAUAGGCCAUCUCCUCUCGCGCACUCUUAUAGAACGCGAACAGAUCCGCGCUAAAGCCCGUCCUCCGACAAAGCGCACCUCCGAGGAGCAGCAUCUCGCAGCUGGCGGCGUCAACCCCCCCGGAGCGAAGCGCGCGAAGCGCAACCCUGCCCGCGAGAACAUCGGGCUGACCACCUCCUUCCUGGCGCGCAAUCCGAAUAUGAAGCGCAGUCCCCCGCGCCGUGGUCUGGAUCCCGACCAGACGUUCACCCCCUUCGCUCCCUCAGACGGCUUUGAGGAAGACCAGGAAAAAGUCAAAGAGUGGCUGGAAAACCUCACCGAGUCCGACGACUCAAAUGACGACCGCCGCCUAACCAAUUUCCGCAUCCACCGCGACUCCAACGACGCAGACGACUCCAACGACGAACAAAACAGCGAAGUCCCGCCGCUCUAUCCCCCCGGCAGCCCCACGGAAGUAGCCUCCUCGCUCGGCGACCCGCCAGCAGCAACCCGCACCUCCACCUCCCCUUCCCCGCACGAUCUCUCCCUGGACUGGAAUAACCCCUAUCUAAACUUCCUGCGCGAGCUGCGCGAGCGCCAAGUCACAGAGCUCCGCGCUCGCGCGCAGGACGCCUCAGUCCUCUCCUCUUGUCCGGGCGAGCCCGUCGCCGCCGAGGAGCUCCCGCUGCCCGGGAGCCCGGGGGCUGCGAUUCGCGCGUGGGAGGCGGAGACGCGGGUCGCGAGGGCGGCGGCGGAGAGUCUGCCGGAUACGGAUGUGCCGGAGGGAACGGGGCGGGAAGAGUAG